UCCACUCGAUUUCGCCAAUCGCUCCACGCCACGGGGCGUUUGCGUGUUCCACGACCAGCGUGUUUCUUUCCGAAGCGCUUAACGGCGGGUUCAAAAUGUGCAAUUAGCGCUCUACUACUUCUGAGUUCUUCACUGUGCCAACGAUUGCACAGACGGCAAGGGUUUUUUUCGAUAAACACGCCAGUGAGAAAGUGUGUACCUACGCGGCGGGUUGCUGCGAAUUCACCUGCGAUGGGUGCUCCCGUGUCAGAACAAGAGCUUUCGCUCUAUGAUCCGUCGAUACUGCUGGGCUUGGAUUUCUUCCGCUCGCCAGCCAAAUUCAGCCCUCGUAUAUCGGCCGCCGUUCCUGGGGAAACUUGGCUGAAAGUGCGACCACUUCAAACGGGAGACUUUUACCGCGGCUUCGUACAGAUACUGUCGCAGCUGACCAAAGUAGGCGAUAUUUCGUUUACACAGUUUCUGAAUCGUUUCGCUGAGAUGAAAGCUAGCGGUGACUACUACAUUACAGUUAUCGUCGAUUCGCGGAUUGACAAAAUCGUCGGGAGCGCCACAUUAGUGCUCGAGCGGAAAUUCAUCCAUGGUUGUGGGGUCCGCGGUCGGCUAGAGGACGUCGUGGUGGACGACACAUAUCGCGGCAAGCAGCUGGGAAAACUGAUCGUCGUCACUGUGACGCUUCUGGCGGAUUAUCUGGGCUGCUACAAGAUGUCCCUGGAUUGCAAAGACAAGCUGAUACCGUUUUACACCGCAAUCGGCUACGUGCUAGAACCGGGUAAUGCGAACACUAUGACCGUACGCUACGAACCUGGGGCCAGUGGUGUAGCAAUAACCAGGAAUCGAACGGCAACCAGUGAUAAACCGUUAGACACGGAGCCAUCCUGACAAUUAGCUACCAGUUCUGCUAUGACAAGUAAAUCCAAGCUCUAAAACACACGCCCAGCUAUUAUUCUGGGUCUGCGGUUUGCCGACGCAAAAUUCGAAUUCACCGUGUUUUUUUGUAUUUUGCAAUUGGAUUUACUGUUUAACACUCGGGAGGUCUAGUUUUGUGUGUGUGUGGUCAAACACUCGAGCGUCUUCAGGUCUUGACUAUCACUGCAACACGCGCCCCCGAAGCAGCUUCUGGUACAUAAAAUGAAUAUUUGAAUUUCACACUUUUUUUUUAUUUUUUUAAGAUCUGUUUUAUUCUGUCCAUUUUUAAUUUGAGAAUAGUCCUCAUUCGUGAAUGUUAAUGCUACUUGGUGGUUGUGCUUAAAUAUCAAGAAACAUGCAAAUGGGAAAUAAAAUCAUUUAUAA